CGUGCCUCACAUCUUAUGUGCUCCUGACGUCACCAAAGUCUCAGUGACGCCAUACUACGAGUACCUUACACGUCCACACUUCACCAACCUACUGGGUCAAGAACGCUCUUUUCCUCUUCAUGAAAUAUAUGGCGCAGGAGUACCAUGCAGAGUAGAAUGUUGCCGUCCCUCUUCCGAAAGUCACCAUCACUCAGAGCAUUCGAAACAUAUCUCGAAAGAGAAUUCGAAAGAAGGAAUAACACAUGUUCAACAUGAUAAGACGAAAGAGAUUUCUCGGAGUGAGAAGCAAAUUGGAGAGAAAACGAAACUAAAUCAAAAUGUCGUUUCGGGAAACGAUCAGGUAAAGAAAACCCAUGAACAUUCUCGGAGUGGUCAUGAUUCGUACCGAAUUCCUCAUAAAGAAGAAGGCUACUGUUGUGAUCAUGGCGACUACUUUUACUCUACUCAUGGGAAUUGUUCCAAUUGGUGUUAUGAUUAUAAUUCAGGAUAUCCCUAUGAUUCUGGGAUAGACCAUCGCCAUCAUCAACACGACCACGACAACAUGCAGCAUGGACAGCACGACCAUCAGCAUAGACACCACGAUCAUUGGCAAAGACAAAAAGGACAUCAACAUGGACACCAUGGUCAAAAUGAAAAUUACAGUCAUGAGCAUGAACACAACGUCCAUGAGUAUAAACAUCACGGUCCACAUGGACACCACGGCCAUGAGCAUAAACACCACGGUCCAAAUAGACAUCACGGUCCAAAUAGACACCACGGUCCGAAUAGACACCACGGUCCAAAUAGACACCACGGUCCAAAUAGACACCACGGUCCAAAUAGAUACCACGGUCAACAGGGAAAUCACAGUCAUGACUAUGAACACAACGACCAUGAGUAUAAACACCACAGUCAUCAUGGACACCACGGCCAUGAGCAUAAACACCACGGUCAAAAGCCUGGUCACCACGAACAACAUGGACACCACGGUCAACAUGGAAAUCACAGUCAUGAGCAUGAAGACAACGACCAUGAGUAUAAACACCACGGUCAACAUGGACACCAGGGCCAUGAGCAUAAGCACCACAGUCAACAUGGUCACCACGGCCAUGAACAUAAACACCCCGGACAACAAGGACACAACGGUCAUGAGCAUAAACACCACGGUCAACAUGGACGUCAACAUGGACGUCAACAUGGACACCACGGUCAACAUGGAUACCACGGUCAACAUGGACACCGCGGUCAACAUGGACGUCACGGUCAACAUGGAUACCACGGUCAACCUGGACACCAAGUUCAACAUGAACACCACGGUCAACAUGGACACCACGGUCAGCAUGGAAAUCACGGUCAACAUGGACACCACGGUCAACAUGGACACUACGGUCAACAUGGAAAUCACGGUCAACAUGGAAAUCACGGACAACAUGAACACCACGGCCAUGAGCAUGGACAACAUGGUCAACAUGGACACCACGGUCAAUAUGGACACCACGGUCAACAUGGACACCACGGUCAACAUAGACACCACGGCCAUGAGCAUGAACACCACGGCCAUGAGCAUGGACAACAUGGUCAACAUGGACACCACGGUCAAUAUGGACAACACGGUCAACAUGGACACCGCGGUCAACAUGGACACCACGGUCAACAUGGACACCACGGUCAAAAUGGAAAUCAUGGCCAUGAGCAUGAACACCACACAUGGAAAUCACGGUCAACACGGACACCACGGUCAACAAGGACACCAUGGUCAACAAGGACACCAUGGUCAUGAGCAUAAACACCACGGUCAACCUCGACACCACAUUCAACAUGGAAAUCACGGUCAAGAUGAACACUACGAUGAACAAGGACACCACAGUCAACAUGGACACUACGUUCAACAUGAAUACCACGGCCAUGAGCAUGAACACCACAGUCAUGCGCAUAAACAACAUGGACACCACGAUCACGAAUAUAGCUGUGAACACAACGAUGAGUCCUGUCAACCUACUUCUAUUGAUACCGAUUAUGAAUAUAGCCAUCACCAGUUGAAAAAGUCUAAUCACAGAUCAAAUUAUCCGAGGUAUGUAAAUUUGGAUUGUGAUGACACAUCAGAUGUGUCAGAUUCUAUACAUCCGACCAAAGAUUUUGACAUUGAUUUUAUGGACAAGUACUACAGAAAACAACUGCAUCGUUGCAAUAAACACCAAUCUAAAUCACGAGGUUACGGAGAGCACCACAACGGACACCAUGGCGAGCCUAGACACCACAACGAACCCCAUGACAAGCCUGGACACCACAAAAAACAUAAUGGCAAGCCUGGACACAACAACGACGAGCACCAUGGCAAGCCUGGACACCACUACGGACACCAUGGCAAGCCUAGACACCACUACGGACACCACGGCAAGCCUAGACACCACAAAGAACAUAAUGGCAAGCCUGGACACCAUGGCAAGACUGAACACCAUGACAGGCCUGAACACCAUGGCAAGCCUGAACACCAUGGCAAGCCUGAACACCAUGGCAAGCCUGAACACCAUGGCAAGCCUGAACACCAUGGUAAGCCAGAACACCAUGGCAAGCCUGAACACCAUGGUAAGCCUGAACACCAUGGUGGAUACGGACACCAUGGCAAUUCUGGACACCACGGCGGACACCAGCCAGAACACCAUGACGGCCACCAGCCUGGACACCCCGACGGACACAAGCCUGAACACCAUGGCAAGCCUGGACACCACGACGGAUACGGACAUCAUGGCAAUCCUGGACACCACGGCGGACACCAAGGCAAGCCUGAACACCAUGGCAAUCCUGAACACCAUGGCAAGCCUGGACACCACGACGGAUACGGACAUCAUGGUAAUCCUGGACACCACGGCGGACACCAGCCAGAACACCAUGAAGGUCACCAGCCUGGACACCCCGACGGACAUAAGCCUGGACACCACGACAAUCACCAUGUCAAGCCUGGACACCACGACAAUCACCAUGUCAAGCCUGGACACCACGACAAUCACCAUGUCAAGCCUGGACACCACGACAAUCACCAUGUCAAGCCUGGACACCACGACAAUCACCAUGUCAAGCCUGGACACCACGACAAUCACCAUGUCAAGCCUGGACACCACGACGAACCCCAUGGCCACAUCAAUCCCCAUGUGGACACUGUUCACAAUACUGAUAGUCAUAGCCAUGACCAUGUUAAAACUACAGACGAAGUCGUCCAUCAUGAAAACUCAAAAGAGAACGAUAAGAAAAUUGUUUGA